AUGCACAGGCAUUUCGGUCUCUCCAAGCGAUGCCUGGAUGUUUGGGUAAGCCUUCCUUACGAUGUGGCACAACAUGCGCUCAGUAUCUUCAUGCUGGAGCAGGCCUCAGCGCACCAUUUUAAAGUGCCGGAAGACGAGUUGAAGGCGAUGGAGGCGGAGGCAGCGGACGAGAUUCAGAUCAUGAACGUUGGAGAGGAUCCCAACCGCUAUGUGGGUACCAUUCGGAGGUGGGAUUCUGAACGAGGCUUCGGCUUCAUCGUGCAGCCGCAGGCAGAGGAGGAGACCGGGGAGGAGGAACACAAGGAUAUCUUCGUCCACCGCACCAACCUCAUGGGCUCUGCUCCUGGUGUGCACAUCGACCUCCAGGAAGGGAGCAAGGUGUCCUACUUCCUUGGCAUGCAGGAUUGCAAAGCACGGGCUCUUCAAGCCGCGAUGAUCGACGACGAGUUCUACGUCCACCAAAUCCAUCUCCAGAAGAAGUCCUCCAAGAGUAAAAACCUGUCACCGAAGGAGAAGCGGCAGGCCAGGAUUUUGGAGAUCGCGGAGCAGGAGACGCAUGAGGUGUCCAAGUACUUCUUGAGGCAGAUCGGCAGCGCUGCAAUUCAAGACAUGGUGCACGAAAGGAGGCAGGACUUCGAAUCCUUUUUUCGCUGUUGGGGAUUGCUCCGCUUCAACAAUGUCAAGCGCGACGAUGCCUUCUGGAAGAAGGAGAUUGAGCGCAGGGUCGACAUCUUCGUGGAGCAAGAGAGCACGCCCUUGCAGAAAAAGGAUUUCGACUUCCGUGUGCGGAGAUUCCUGACCGAGUUUUGCAUGAGGAGAAACGUGAUCCGCGUCAGUGAAGCUCUUGCCAUGGUCAGUAAGAGCAUCUCGGGAAAGAAGAGGGAGGACAUCCAGACUUGGCCUGCCUAUGUGGCUACGCUGCUUCGCAAGUUCGAUCCCGAAGUGAACGCCUUCAUUACAAGUCGGGAGAGUCAGAAGAAUUCGAAGGCGGAUGCUGACGACACCAUCAAGGAUGAAGAUGCCGAGCCGGAGGAGGAGGACAGCGGAAGUGACUCCGAAGACGUGGGUUCACUCAGCGACACGCUGGACAUGUACCCCUGCUGCAAUUUAUGA